GUAUCCCGGAGCAAAAUGCGAGAAUCGGCCGACCGGCCAUUUCGCGACCGAGGUCCCUCAAGCAGCCAUUUCCUCAAUAUCUCAACGUUGCCGUGCCUAUACAUAGCUAUGGGUAGAUGCUCGAGAGUCUCUACGGGGGCUAAAAGCAGCUCUUCGCGCAAAAUGUCGGGGCAUGCAGCUGCAUUUCGCGAGCUCGGCGAGCGGACAGGCCGCGCCAGGGCCCAUAACAGCUAUUCAUAACAUAAAUAUGUCAUGAAUAGGCACUUGGGACGGUUUGGGCCUUGGACGGUGCCGCGUGUAUGGGCACGUCCCGGGUGAGACCGGGUUGGUCCUGUGCGCCCACGCCGGGCCCGGCGCCCCGCUGCUGCGCCUCAUGAUGGCCACGACCGUGGCCCUCAUGUUCUACGGUUUCCUGCGGUUUGACGACAUGGCGGAGGUCAGCGUUCACGCCGACCUGCUGCUCAUCACGCCCCGCCACAUGGCCAUUUUCAUCCCCCGGUCCAAGACCGACGUGGCCAUGGACGGUCAGUGGGUGCACAUCGCCCGGCUGCCCCACCUAGGCGGUUUCUGCCCCGUGGCGCUCACGGAGCGGCUGCUGCGCCAAGGCGCCUACCGCCGCCUUCCGGCGGCGGCCGAUGAGGACGUCGGGCCGCUGCUCCGUACAGUGCAGUACACGGCCGCCGGCGGCCGGCUGCAGCGCCUGGUGGGCACGCGGGCUUCGCCGGUGUUCAGCAUGUCUUACGGCGCUUUCCGCUCCAACUUCCUGGCCCGCCUGCGGGAGGCGGGCGUCUCGGGCAACAUCCAGCCGAACUCGAUGCGCAUUGGUGGCAACAGCGCCGCGGCUGACGCGGGAGUUCCGGCGUCCCUGCGGCAGGUGCACGGCCGCUGGAAGCCCGCCACUAUGGUCGGUCACUACACACGCCCCACCCUCGAGGACACCCUCGGUGUCACCCGCGCUAUGGGCCUCGCUGGAGCGGCCUAAUGGCGCCAAAGGGAGACAGCUUUACAGUACGACUGUAUCAUGGAAGUGGGGUUAGAGGCGGAGGACCGGAGGCCCCGAAGGGGCCGGAGGGAAUGAAGCCUCUAAGCGAGCUUCCAUGAGGAAGUCGUACAGGCUGGGCCUUGGGGCGUAGGCCAGGCACACGGCGCGCCACCACCUGCGGGCUUGACACCAUCCAGCCGCGGAAAAGGGUGCGAGCACGGCGGGCCUUAACCGAAUCCAAGCCCUAGCACCAGCAGCUAGCUCCAUACCCUGCGGGCUUGACACCAGCCGCGGGAAGGGGCGCGAGCACGGCGGGCAUUGAGACCACGCGCCAUCAGCUCGCAGCCCAACCUGCAACCUUGACACCAGCCGUGAAAACGGGCGCACGCACGGCGGACCCUGAGCUAAUGUACGCCAUUGCGCCUGGCUCAGAGACCUGCGGGCGACAAGCGAGCGCGCGCGAAUGUUGACUUGUGGACCCGCACAGUAUGUACAUAAAACCAACUCUGGGCAUUGUCUCAGUGCAAUGCACAUAUUACCUGAGCCAGCAAUCACAGGGCACUAUGCCGGGCCCAUUUGCAGAGUGGAAACGCCCCGGUCAACGCGCGGUUGACUUGUUGACCAGCGAGCUCGUUAUUAUGAAAUAUGAGCCAGCCAGCUUCAUUACUCCAUUCAAGAUUGCAUUGUUGGCACUGUCGCUGCAUAUAGUCGACAGGGGUUAUCGCGAACGAAGGCAUCCGCCGCUCGAGCACAGUCGUCUCAGAAUCAUAGCGACGCAAAGAAUGGUUGAUUAAUCAAAUAGCUUGAUUCAUUUGUAUGUGACAUAGAUAUAGUAUGAACGCAGAACUGCAGAGAAAUGAAGUGAACUCCUGAAAUGCUUGAUUGGCAUGCCGCCGACGUUGCAUGGGCGCAUGGCAAGCCAGGGUCCCGGGCAAAAUUGUGUUUACUUUACGGCUAUGUACUAUAACAUGACUAUUGUGGCUCUGAUACUGCGAAAGAGCGGUGGGUACACGACUGAAACCUUGAGAAUUAUGACGUUGGUCGUUCCCGUGGGGUAAGAGCUGGUCUUAGUGCAUUAACUAUAUACAGAUUUACCUCUGGAAGCAGAAUUGCGAUAUAGCACAUCGCUACUUGACGUUUAGACAAAGAUGAUUUCGCGUCCCCCCGCCGGGGGACGCCCAAAUGACUUUCUCGUAGCCUCCAGGAUUGACCCAGGAUUCGCGCCGAAUAAUCUAUGUGUGUAAGAGACUACUUAAUGAAGUCGCAGAAUUGGUACGCCUGUGGUGGAUGUGACUGUGAGGGCUCCUACCCACUUUGGUCUAUGCAGCCACCUGCUUGGCUGCUUUGGUGUGCUCAGCACCGCUACAGUACAUGCCAUUACGUUUGGGACACAGGGAGAAAGGGCGGGGCGGGUUGAGGGCAGGGCAGGGCGGGGCAGGGCAGGGCAGGGUAGGGCGUGGUAGGGCGUGCGAUGGGAGUGUGAUGGGACAGGGUUCAGGCACGUUGGCGAGGUCCCAUAGGGUGCAGCUGACGCCCGUCCCGUGCGAUGGGACAGUGGUAAGGCAGGUUGGUAAAGUCCCGUAGGGUGCAUCUAAUCUAAGGGCAGGGCAGGGUAGGGCACGGCGGGGCAGGGCGGGGCAGGGCGAGGCAGGGCGGAGUAAAGUGGUGUGGCCGAACGACCACCGGCCGGGCCGGCUGUUGCUCCUUGGCCAGACCUCAUCCUCUGCGUUCUAACCUAUUGUACUACGGAUGUAAGCUUCUAACUUAGUGUACUAGGAAGGAUGUAAGAAGGAGAAAACGGCCUAACCCGGUGAUGUAAAGUACUCUGCACUCCUGGACGGCUUUGGGUGUCGGGGUUGACCCACACGGGUAUGACGCCGGUCUGGAAAAGGGGUAAAACGGCAUGUGGUGUUUGACAGGGUUUGCGAUGCGGAUCAGACCCCAACUUUUGGCAGCAGCUCGGGAACAUACGUGGCUGACGUGCUUCUGUCUGAUCCUCAUCGCCAAGUAGCUUAAAAACCGCCUGGCGUCCGGGGGGUGCGUUCCGGCCUGCUUGGCACGGUCGGACACGGUGGUCGGGUCGACCACUGAAAUAGCUACCGGCGUUCAAUCCAUAUUUGUUUAAUACUACUGAGACCUCAAAUAUCUUGUUUGUGGCCGAGUAAGUGAUGUCGCGGUCAACAUGCUCGACAAGCUCGCGCAGACCGUUUGCUUUAACGCCAAACUAGAUUGCCGUCGACUAUGCUAUACGUUAUAAGGCUGAUUAGAUGGUCAGGGGCUUUACAGUGCGACCCUGGCGAAAGCAUGCCUCGCGAAAUGUAUGUGCCGACAGGCAUCUUUUGCAUCCUUAUAUGUCAUAUAACUUAAUUCCGGAGAGAGGGAGGCUAAAUCUGCGCGAGCGCGGAGAAACACGUGUGGACACGUUUUUGCCCCUCUCCAGACCGGCGUCAUACCCGUGUGGGGUUGACCCCUGAUUGAUUUUUAUAGGCAUUAGUCAAUAUGGACAGUGUGGCUAAGUUCAAGUACACAACUCGACGAGUUGACGAAGAUGGGUUUGCAUCACCCGGCCGGGGGACGCGCGACCACUUUCUCCAAGACACCCGGAAAGCCUGCACUUCUGCGACAAGUACACUAAAUGCAUAACAGACUAUUGAUAUCAACCGCUAAAGCGAUGCGCCGAGUGACAGCAGUGACCGGAGGGGAUCAUUGCUGCCUCGGUCGACACAGCCAGCUGCUCAGCUGCAUUCCUAUGCUCAGGAAGCAUACACUACAUGCAACUACAUUACUAAAGUAAUUUU